AUGCAUGAGAUCCUUCGCAGAGCAAUGGCACAGCUAUACGAGAGUGAUAACAGCACCACGAGAGAUCUUCAGGCCCUUCAGGCGUACUUGAGGGCCUUGGAAGUCGGAGCCUGGAGCGGCCUGAAGCGGAAAACUGAGAUUGCGUGCAGCUUUAUGCAGCCGGGAUAUACUAUGCUGUUCCAGGCCGGGGCUUUCUCCUCACCACCCGAUCAAGAGUUUGCGGGACGUCCCGAAAUCGACUCUGAAGAGCUUGAUGCCGUGUGGAAGGCCUGGUCCAUGAGGGAGUCACUAAAGCGCCUCACAAUCCGCGCUUUCAUCCAUGACUCUCAGGUAUCGAUGGCGUAUUUCCAGGCACCGACGAUUAGCUAUGCUGAAUUGAACAUGGCGGUUCCAUACCCGCCCAGCGUAUGGUUUGCAGAGAAUUCGAAAGAAUGGAGACAAGAGUUAUUGUGCUGUACUAGCGGAUCGCGACGCCUGCUACUCACCGAGGUUCUGGCUGAUGUCACAGUCCUAGACACAUGCCCUGGACAGACUGACCUACAACUGUGUUGUUUUGCCGUUAUCCACGCGCUUGCCAAUCAAGUAUGGGACCUUCAACAACAAUUCACACUCCUCUUUUCAGCCCCCGAGGCUAAAAGACGCCGAAUGGAAUCAUGGUGUAUGAGUCGCCAACGCGACCUGUACCAAGAUCUGAUCGCUAUCCGUAUGUACUGUGAGAGACACGUCGCACAUCAGGAGAUUCGCCUCUUGCUGGAAUACGUCAUGAUGUCUCUUCAUGCUCCUAUGGCCCAUAUACAACGCUUUGCGGGUAAAGAAGGGGAAGACGAGGCGAGGAGGGUAGCGCCCAUCGUAAGUGAGUGGAGGCAAUCACCAGCUGCUCGACUUGCAAUAUGGCACGCGGGUCAAGUUCUGAGAAGGGCUCGCGAGUUUCCACCUACGACGUUGCAGAAUUUCUACGCUGUGGCGACGUACCAUGCUGCUCUUGUGCUUUGGGCUUAUAGCAUACUUGGCAACCGAAGCUCAAAACUGGGUGAGACCGUGAUGUCUGUUGACGGUGGUUCAAAUGAGAACUCUUCCGAGCCUCUAGUCAUGCUAGACGGAGAGGAAAAUGACGAUGCCCGUGCAUUCUGCACACUAGGGCAUGGAACACCAGGCCUCAGUCACCCAGGAGUAACAGGGACAUUGUGUACACUCGAGGACCCGGCAUUAGCUAUGCGGCUAUCGGCCGAUACUCUACGUAGCAACCUACUCUCUACAGACCAGGCUCCACCGCUGUUAGUAUGCAACCUCAUCGGCCUGAUGGAGGAUCUGGGCGCUUCUUUGGCUAGCUUCAGCGCUGCUGGGAGUCCACCCGCUGACAUCCCCGGAUCGACGGGAUAG